AUGGAGUUCGUGCGAUGUGGCUUCCUGGGAGUUCCUUGGACCUCCCCUCCUCGGAGGCUGCACUUUGUCCGGAGACAAUCCGGCCGCAGCGGCCGACCGUGGGAAGUGCUUGGUAUACCUCAAGGUGCAAACAAAGACGAGAUCAAGCUGGCCUACAGACGCUUAGCGUUGAAGUUUCACCCGGACGUCGACAAGUCAAAGCGAGCCACCUCUCGCUUUCAGGAAAUUCAGGUGGCCUAUAAGAAGAUGAUCGCAGCGUGUGGGCCAUACACAGUGUCGCCGGAGCAAGAGCGGAAGUCGGCCAAGAGGAGGCAGGCGACAACAAGAAAGGCAGCUGCUUCCGAAGGAGAUCGGCGAGCCGAGCCGCCGGAUUCCUUUCGCAUUUCCCGCGUGCUAGACGCUCUGCUGCCCUCACGUGAGACGUUGGCUUAUGCGACCAUCCUACUGAUUCUGCUUCCGUACCUGGCCAGCUUCGUCUACGGUCUUGCCGGCCUCCUCUCCAAGUUCAGCCAAGGAUGA